CUAAAUAGUUCCCAUUUUUGUUGCUGGCUGUAGAACGUGAUGAGAAGGUAACUAAUCGGGAACAUGGACGUUGGAGGAUACGCUUGGCCCAGGACUUUCACAUUGCAUGGUAGCGGGCUAGAAAAUCUUCCGGCAUUAUGGCGAACGUGCGCCCUCCCUUGAAGUCGGAACAAUCCGAAAUCCGGUCGUUCGUCAAGUACAUCAAUACGACCCAGCGGCCGGUGGAGGUGCUGUGGGUCGAUUACUCCGGGAACGUGUCCCACUUUAAGCUGCUGCAACCGCGGGAAUUCUGCCUGGUAAACACGUACGUGACGCAUCCGUGGAGGUUCCGGGAUCACGAAACGGGCGAACAGAUGCACGUGAGGUACCAGCCGGUGUACAUGCCCGAGCCCUGGUUUACCAGUUUCGAUUCCAACGGUAAGCUAACGAGGAAGGAAAUCCGCAUACACUUCCCGUUACGCACGCUAAGAGAGAACUGUCUGUGGCGCAUAACCGACCUCAUUCCGGGUGAAGACGAGCUGCGGGAGCUGGAGAUACCAAGGAUUCUGGUGGAUGAGCUGUUAGAUCGACGGAAAAAUAAACUUGCGGCCAGGAGAUCCUAGCUGUACAAGAUGAACCUUGAA